GUACAAAUAUGGCAGCGUUUACUUCGUUAACUGAUUAACAGGAACUCGUCCAUUUUGUUACCGCUCCCAGUGGCAUCGACAACGUUCCGUAACUUUUAUAACGUUAAAAUGUCGGGAGGUUUAGACAUUCUAUCCCUUAAGGAGGAUGAUAUCACUAAAAUGCUUGUGGCUACCACGCAUUUGGGUUCAGAAAAUGUAAAUUUUCAAAUGGAACAGUAUGUAUAUAAACGGCGUCCCGAUGGCAUACAUAUCAUCAAUUUGGGCAAGACAUGGGAAAAGCUGAUGCUGGCCGCCCGUGCUAUUGUUGCCAUUGAACAUGCCCCGGAUGUAUAUGUCAUUUCUUCGCGCCCGAUUGGUCAACGUGCCGUGUUGAAGUUUGCGAAGUACACGGAUACAACUCCAAUUGCUGGUCGUUUUACACCAGGUGCUUUUACAAACCAAAUCCAACCGGCAUUCCGGGAACCACGUUUGUUAGUGGUUACAGAUCCUAUGACUGACCAUCAACCGAUUAUGGAAGCCUCUUACAUCAAUAUACCGGUUAUUGCCUUUUGUAACACGGAUUCGGCUUUACGCUACAUUGACAUAGCCAUACCUUGUAAUAAUAAAUCCCCUCAUUCUAUCGGUUUGAUGUGGUGGUUAUUGGCCCGCGAAGUGCUGCGUUUACGUGGUGCUAUAUCACGUGCCGUAGAAUGGCCAGUUGUAGUCGAUUUGUUCUUCUAUCGCGAUCCUGAAGAAGCCGAAAAGGAAGAGGCCGCCGCUAAAGAACUUAUGCCGGCAGCGAAGAUUGAUGAGGUCGUGGAUCAUCCAGUGGAAGAACCCACAACCUGGGCUGAAGAGGUGGCCGUUGAGACCGGCGGCGGCGUUGAAGAUUGGAAUGAUGAAAACGUCAAAUCUUCUUGGGGCAAUGACGGAAGUUUCUAAAAUAAGAUUAAAAGGAAACCAAAUAUAAUUUGAGGACAAAUUAAAAUAAAA